UAAUUAAUUGACAGGUGUGUCUCCAUGAUUGUGUACGGUGUCCAAACUCUACAAACCUAGUGUCAGUUCUGACUGCUUGACAGUUGAUGUCUGAAAUCUAACGUUAUUACUUGUUUGUUGGAUCAACGUGGGCUUUCUAUUCAGCAAUAUGUAGGUGUCUCGUUAGAUAGCGAGUUAGCUAGCCACGAAACCGGUGUAACGUCACAGCAGCUAGCUGUCAGGAGAGCUAUUGCUAGCUUAGCUGUCAACGGGCAUCACAACAAAUCAAGCAGCCUGCCUGCCUGCUAGACUGACUAAACUCUCCGUCUAUAUCGUGUAACGUUAAUAUCCUUUAGUUACUGACAUCUGUGAAGUUUGAAGAAUGGCAUCGAUGGCUGCGGCAACCGAGCCGAGCUUAAGCCCUGUUCCUAUGCUUACUGACAGUCUUGUGCCUGCUAGCAUGUUUGCUCCAGAACGGGGAUGCGGAGACGACGCAGAGGCGGACUGCUUCGAGGACGGCGAGACCUUUAACGGCGAGGGCGGGGAUCAUGGAAUAGAUUUCUCCAGCAAGCUGGCUCUGGUCAGUCCAAACGGCGAGCAGUAUGAUGCACUUCUGAGGCAGCUGAGAGAGCGGAUGGACGAAGGAUGUGGAGAGACCAUCUACGUUGUGGGAGUGGGCUUAGAUGGUGGAGAGUACGGUCUUAACGAGAGUGACAUGGAGGCUUCAGUUGCCACGGUGCAGUCCAUGUGCGAGCAGAUCGAGGCCGACCUUAUUCUGCUGAGGGAGCGGACCGAGGCGGGAGGCCAGGUGCGCGACUAUCUCAUCCGCCGCCGCGUCGGGGAGGCCGACUUCCUGGAGGUCCGAGUGGCCGUGGUGGGCAAUGUAGACGCAGGGAAGAGCACGCUCCUGGGUGUCCUCACCCACGGCGAGCUGGACAACGGCCGAGGCUUCGCCCGCCAGAAGCUUUUCCGCCACAAGCACGAGAUGGAGAGCGGCCGCACCAGCAGUGUGGGCAACGACAUCCUGGGUUUCGACCAGGAGGGUGAGGUGGUCAAUAAGCCCGACAGCCAUGGAGGCAGCCUUGACUGGACCAAGAUCUGUGAGAAGUCUUCAAAAGUCAUCACCUUCAUUGAUCUGGCUGGCCAUGAGAAGUACCUUAAGACCACCGUGUUUGGCAUGACUGGCCACCUACCGGACUUCUGCAUGCUAAUGGUGGGCAGUAAUGCAGGAAUCGUGGGCAUGACCAAGGAGCACCUGGGCUUGGCGCUAGCCCUGAAUGUGCCUGUGUUUGUGGUGGUCACUAAAAUUGACAUGUGUCCAGCCAACAUCCUUCAAGAGACCCUGAAACUUCUGCAGAGACUACUGAAGUCCCCAGGGUGCAGGAAGAUCCCUGUCCUGGUCCAAAAUAAAGACGACGUCAUCGUCACUGCAUCAAACUUCAGUUCUGAGAGAAUGUGUCCGAUCUUCCAGAUCUCCAAUGUGACAGGAGAGAAUAUGGACCUGCUGAAGAUGUUCCUCAACCUACUGUCAUCCAGAGCGUCUUUCAAAGACGACGAGCCUGCCGAGUUCCAGAUUGAUGACACUUACUCAGUGCCAGGUGUGGGAACCGUAGUAUCGGGAACUACGUUACGUGGAUUGAUACGUCUGAAUGAUACCAUGCUCCUUGGUCCUGACCCUCUGGGAAGUUUCUUGCCCAUCGCUGUCAAAUCCAUUCACCGCAAAAGGAUGCCUGUGAAGGAAGUGCGGGGUGGACAGACUGCCUCUUUUGCACUGAAAAAGAUUAAACGCUCCUCCAUAAGGAAGGGCAUGGUGAUGGUGUCGCCCAAGCUAAGCCCACAGGCCUCCUGGGAGUUUGAGGCCGAGAUUCUAGUGCUGCACCACCCAACCACCAUCUCCCCCCGCUACCAGGCAAUGGUGCACUGCGGAAGUAUCCGGCAAACGGCAACAAUCCUCUCUAUGAACAAGGACUGCUUACGAACAGGGGACAAGGCCUCCGUUCACUUCCGCUUCAUCAAGACCCCUGAGUACCUGCACACAGACCAGAGGCUGGUGUUCCGAGAGGGCAGGACCAAAGCUGUGGGCACCAUCACUAAGCUACUACAGUCGACCAAUAACCAGCCCUCCAACUCCAAACCUCCGCAAAUCAAGAUGCUAUCGACAAAGAAAGUCCCGCCCCGUCGAGAGGAUGGGUCGAUACCAACCAAUGAGGAGUCUAUGAGUGCAGCACUUCCAUCCACUCCACACACAACACAGCAACUGACAGAGGGGGAGGAGGACCCCCAGAGUAAAGAAGGCAACAAAGAGAACAAGCCCAAAUCUGGCGGUGGCAGACGACGAGGCGGACAGCGACACAAAGGAAAAUCCCAAAACAGCUCCACAGCGCCCCCAACAGGUGCCACAGGGCCUGUAUAAACUCUCCUCCCUCCCUCCCUCCUUCAAAUAUCAUUCCCAUCACUCCAUCAAGUGUCUUUAACGCGCACAGUACUGGGAGCAGAAAGCUCAGUUUGAAUUC